UUUCCGAGAAGCGUGGGGGAGGGCCCCGUAUUUAGAUACGAGGAAAUUUCUCCAGGGGACGCCGACUUUUAUUCGGUCACAACUAGAUAUGGCAAAGAAGAAUGCUCAGGAAUCUUACCAAAGAGUCCAGGAAGCUAAGGCAAAGUCCCGGGCCAGGUCUGGGGGUGCCAGGGCGAUCGCCUCUCCUCCUCCUCCUCCUCCUCCUCCUAAGAACGUGGGCACUCCCUCUCGGCCUAUUAUAAUUUCUUCUUCAACUUUGACUCGGCCACAUCCUUCUGCCCAACUCCUUUCCGAGCCAGAAAAGAAGAAGCGCAAGACUUCAGAGUCUGGCUCUUCUUUUGAUGGUGGGGUAAAGGCGGCUCAUGCAUUCGUCCGAAAGAACAUCUAUCCUUAUAUAAGUAUGGAUGAUGUUUCUGUUCGGAACCACCUCACCACCAUGGCCGAGGAGAGUUUUAGGGCAGCAGGUGUUUGUGGCAAACUUUUGGACCUUUUUGAGAAGACUCCCCUCAGCUCUUUGGGGGCAACCUCGAAGGUUGAGGAGCUGGAGGGGAGGCUUCUUGCUUUCCAAGACCAAGAGAGGGAGCUAAAGGAGGAGGUGGCUAAGUUGAGGGAGGAGAGGGAUAGCCUCCGGGAGAAGGAGAGUAAGCUGCGGGCCCAAUGUACUAUGGAGGCAAACUUGAGGAAGACAGCACAGGAUAGUUACCAAAGUUUAUUUCAGGAUCUUGUAGCUGUGAGGAGGGAUUUGCUGAAUUCUCGGAAUGCGUACGCCGAGUUGGAGGACUCUAUUGCGGAUGGUGCCGAGGAGUCUUGGAGAAUUUUCCUGGAGCAAGUCAGAGUUAUUGCUCCCGACUUGGACCUUUCUCCUUUACAUCCUGAUAAAGUCGUCAUUGAUGGUGCUAUCGUGGAUCCUCCUGCCCCCGAGGUUGUUUCCGAGUCAGAUUUGAAGACUCGGGGGCAGAGGAUUAUUGAGUCUCCUCCUCGUUCCAAAGAUGCUCCGAGUUCUUCAGUUGUUCCUCCGACUUCCUCUUCAGCUUCUCUUCCUGGUCCUGGUGGCGCUCCUCCCGGCUCUGUUGGUGGUGAUCCGUCUACUCCUCUGCAGAAGUAA